AUGAAGGGUUUGUUUUUUGGCGUAGUUGUUUGCCUGUUGGUGCUUCUGCCUGCUACAAUAUUUGGUCACGAUCCUGUGCCUGUCCCCUCUUCCCCUAAGAAAGGCAGAGUCACUUACUAUCGCCAGCCCGAUGGCUUAGGAAUCCCGAGCAGAGCUUGCGGCUAUGCCGACACUGGCAUAACUUACAACUACGGCAACGUCGCAGCCGCCUCUAGCAAACUGUGGAAGAAUGGAGCUGCUUGUGGUGCAUGCUAUAAGGUGAGUUGCGGGAUAAAAGGCGUCUGCAACAGCCAAGGAGUGAAAAUAGUGGUGACGGACCUCGGGGAUCGAGACCACGCGGACUUCAUGCUCAGCUCCCAUGCCUUCGAAGCCAUGGCUCUACCGAACAAGGCUUCCCGGUUGCUGCCCAAAGUUGUCGUGGACGUCAAAUACGAGCGAAUUCAGUGCAAGUAUCCAGGCCACGAUAACCUAAUGGUGAAGGUAACGGAGGAGAGCAAGUUUGCGGAAUAUUUGUCAAUUGUGUUACUGUACCAAGGUGGCCAAUACGACGUUUUAGGCAUCCAAAUCUACGACGGAAGUGUGAAGCAAUGGAAGGACAUGAGGAAUUAUUACGGCGCCGUUUACGAUUUGCCCGAUACUAAUCCGCCGAAGGGUCCGAUUUCGUUGAGGUUGAAACUCAAGAAUAUUGCCUCAGGAGGAGCAGUGAAACUCGUGAAGUUGGAUAGCGUUAUUCCUCGUUUCUGGAAGGCUGGAGUUGCUUAUGACUCCAAAGUUAAGCUUGCUUAA